CUUCGCGGGCCGCAGCCACCCCCACCGUGUGGGCCCCGCCGGCUUGCGGAAGUACCGGAAGCGGAAGUUGCUAGGACGUCGGGGUGUUGUUGGGAAAGGGUCGGGGUAUCUUCGCGCUCCCCAAUUUGGCGCCGUGGCUGCCGGAGCAGGGUCCUGGUGACCCCCUGACUCCAGGAGUCCCCUGUCCUUUCCCGGAGUCCCCGCAGACCCCCGCCAUGGGCAACACGAGCAGCGAGCGCGCCGCGCUGGAGCGGCACGGCCAUAAGACGCCCCGAAGGGACAGCUCGGGGGGCGCCAAGGACGGGGACAGGCCCAAGAUCCUCAUGGACAGCCCCGAGGACGCCGACCUCUUCCACUCCGAGGAAAUGAAGGCUCCAGAGAAGGAGGAAUUCCUGGCCUGGCAGCAUGACCUGGAAGUGAAUGAUAAAGCUCCUGCCCAGGCUCGGCCAACCGUAUUUCGAUGGACCGGGGGCGGAAAGGAAGUUUACUUAUCUGGGUCCUUCAACAACUGGAGUAAACUUCCCCUCACAAGGAGCCACAAUAACUUUGUCGCCAUCCUGGAUCUGCCCGAAGGGGAGCAUCAGUACAAGUUCCUCGUGGAUGGGCAGUGGACACACGACCCUUCUGAGCCAAUAGUAACCAGCCAGCUUGGCACAGUUAACAACAUCAUUCAAGUGAAGAAAACUGACUUUGAAGUGUUUGAUGCUUUAAUGGUGGAUUCCCAAAAGUGCUCCGAUGUGUCUGAGCUGUCCAGUUCCCCACCAGGACCCUACCAUCAGGAGCCCUACGUCUCAAAACCAGAAGAACGGUUUAAAGCCCCACCCAUCCUCCCCCCACAUCUGCUCCAGGUCAUCCUGAACAAGGACACGGGGAUUUCGUGUGAUCCAGCUUUGCUCCCUGAGCCCAACCACGUCAUGCUGAACCACCUUUAUGCGCUUUCUAUCAAGGAUGGAGUGAUGGUGCUCAGCGCAACUCACCGGUACAAGAAAAAGUACGUCACCACCUUGUUAUACAAACCCAUAUGAAGAGCUGGGAGGCGACGGUGGGCCCCAGGGAACAGUUUGUACCACCAGGCUCCACGUGUGCAUGUUUUCCACUAGAGAGAAUGGACUGUAAAUUUCUCAUUUCACACUCUUUAUAAGACAUUUCAUACCUGCCCAGUCCUGCUGGAAGGUUUGUUCCGGGUACAGCAGCUCCUGAAGCACCUCGGUCUGGAACGGUUCUCUUAGCACCCAGUGAGUGUGAGCUCGGGGCUCAUCGAGGCCGAGAACGGAGUCGGGGAAGGCGGAAGGCCUGCAGCCCCACACCGCAGUGCGUGAGGGCAGCUGUGGUUCUAAAAGGACAGCCUCUCAACUGGUCACAGAGAUUUUUCCUAAGCCAAAAAUAAACACUGACUACUUUGCUAGUAAAAAAUCUGGGAAGCAGUGACCGAGGUCACACGAAAUUUCUAAUCAUAUGUGCAUUUUUAAGGCCAUGCAUUGACCCUGUUGAGGCCUGACUGGAGCUAACAGCAAGUACAGUGUUGGUCUUGCCGGUCCUUUGAAAUCAAAGCAAUAGAUUGUCUCCCCUUCUCUGCUCCAGGGAGGUAUAAUUUCUAUAGAAAUUAGAACCCAUCUGAUUUUCAGAUGAAGUUUUACAAUUGUUUCUUACAUUAAAUGUGCACUAAGUACUUUUUUUUUUAACCAGAGGUGGCUGACUAUACAGCCUUAAGGCAAUUUUUACAUCACCCCGACUAGACUGUAGAUCAUGUGCCCUGUGCUCAGCGAUAAUCUGUUCUCGAAGCAGACGGAAAACUGCUGCCGGACUUCUCCAUCGAGCUGGGUGAUCCUGAGGACUGACCACCGUUCGCUGGAAGGUUGUGCAGCUUUUUAUUCUGAGCAUACUGAGGUGAUGGUGUUACCCUGACAACUUGGCAGAAGCACCCCACCCUAGCCCAUGCCACCUUGCUCAGGACCUCUGUUCCUAGCAGGCUGCAGCAGUUGCUGUUGCUUGUUCUGGAAGGAACUUAGAACUUGACAGCAGCCUUCUAAAUUUGUGUCAGGAAAACAUCCUUUGGACCAAAGCGAACCUCUUUACACUCGGCCUAGUUUCCAGGGAGAUGCUGCAGACAUGCCCGUUAGCGUAGGUGCCUGUCCCCGAGUCAGCAGAAGCUGUCGGCAUGCUCUGUGUUCCUGCUGGGAGAUGGGGGACUAAGCUCCCUGCUUUCCGGUAUUUAUUUGGUAAACCUGAGUCCGGAGUACCCUCUUUUGUUAUUUUCAAAACACUGAAUUACUGUCACCUUGACAUACAGGUUUCAAUAAAGCUUUGUAAAAAUAACAGGA